AUGGAGAGACUUCAAAGACUUAUGAUGAACCAGAGAGCCGGUAUAAUGGGUGGAGCAGCGGCGGCAGAAACCCCUAUGGACGACACCAAGGAAACGGUAUAUAUCUCAUCGCUUGCGCUACUGAAAAUGUUGAAACACGGCCGUUUGGGAGUUCCAAUGGAGGUUAUGGGCCUGAUGUUGGGAGAGUUUGUGGACGAUUACACUGUUAAUGUGGUGGAUGUCUUUGCAAUGCCGCAAUCGGGAACUGGAGUUUCGGUGGAGGCGGUGGAUGACGUUUUCCAAGCUAAGAUGAUGGAUAUGCUAAAACAGACCGGUAGAGAUCAGAUGGUCGUUGGCUGGUACCACUCACAUCCUGGAUUUGGAUGUUGGUUAUCGUCUGUCGAUGUUAACACGCAAAAAUCUUUCGAACAGUUGAAUAGUCGAGCUGUGGCUGUUGUGGUCGAUCCCAUUCAGUCUGUGAAAGGUAAAGUGGUUGUUGACGCCUUUAGACUGAUCGAUACAAACAUGAUAAUGAGAAACCAAGAACCGAGACAAACAACUUCGAACGCUGGGCUUUUGAACAAGCCCAAUAUCCAGGCUCUCAUUCAUGGCCUGAAUAGACACUACUACUCCUUAAACAUUGACUAUCACAAGACGAGUGCAGAAACAAACAUGCUACUGAAUUUGCAUAAGGAGCAAUGGCAAUCAGGUUUGAAAAUGCAUGACUACCAGGAGAAGGAACAGCACAAUUUGCAAGCCACACAGAACAUGCUGAAGAUUGCCGAACUGUACUCGAAGAGGAUAGAAGAGGAGAAAGAGCUGACGGAAGAUGAGCUGAAGACUCGUUACGUUGGUAAGCAGGACCCCAAAAAGCAUUUGUCUGAAACAGCAGAGUCGGUUUUGGAAGAAAACAUAGUAUCGGUACUUACAGCGGGUGUGAACUCCGUAGCUAUAAGGUAG